AGUACACUGAAUCACUCUCGUUCUCGUUCUCGCUCUUUCUUUCUCUUCGCCUUCGAAAAACGAAACCGGUGUGUGAUACUGAUUGUGGAUCACGGAACCCCCUUACGCUUCUCUCUCCGUCGCUGCGAUUGGUGGCUCCGUCGUUUGCAUUAUUCCAAACCCUAACAUCUGACAGCUUCGCAUUUUCAAAUUCAAUCAAAUUCUGUUCUGAUCAAGCUCCCACAGAUUAGUGAGACAGGGGCUGUGGGUAACGAUGAAUUUGCAACAAGUUGGGCUGCCCAAAUCAUCUAAUGGAUAUGGCCGUUGGAAAUCUGAAAAAGAAGGGGCAACUAAGUCUGAUAAUAAGGUCCUCUCUGGAAAAUCAAAUGCCAGCAGAUUAACAACUACAGGUGCACCGACUAGAACUAAAGGUGAUAGUUAUGAGAGUUCUUCAUGUGAUCGACUGGUAUAUGUAACAACAUGUCUUAUUGGGCACCAGGUGGAAGUCCAGGUGAAAAAUGGAUGCAUAUACUCUGGGAUAUUUCAUGCUACAAAUACUGACAAAGAUUUUGGAAUCAUUUUAAAAAUGGCUUGCUUGACAAAGGAUGGAUCUUUGCAAGGGCAGAGUUCGGGUGUAGAAUUUGUCAGCAAAGCUCCUUCUAAGACUUUAAUUAUACCUGCUAAAGAACUUGUACAAGUCAUAGCGAAGGAUAUUGCUGUUUCUAGAGAUGACCUACCUAGCGAAUCUCACUAUGUAAUGCAUCAGGAGAUCAUGGUUGAUUCAGUGAUAUCUCAAUCUCGUCAUGUUGAGACAGGGAGAGAAUUACAACCAUGGAUACCUGAUCAAGAUGGUCCAGAAUGCCCUGAACUGGAAAAUAUCUUUGAUGACCCUUGGAAUAGGGGAUGGGAUCAGUUUGAAACAAAUGAAAUGUUGUUUGGUGUAAAAAGCACAUUCAAUGAGGAACUCUAUACAACGAAGCUUGAAAAAGGACCUCAGAUGAGAGAAUUGGAAAAACAAGCUUUAAGAAUAGCAAGAGAAAUUGAGGGUGAGGAAACCCAAGAUCUUCAUCUAGCAGAGGAAAGAGGCCUUCACCGUGAUAACAUUGAUAUUGAUGAAGAGACAAGAUUCUCUUCAGUGUAUAGGGGUAAAGGUGUUGAUGACAGUGGUUAUGAUGAAAAUGAGGACAAGGUGCUUGAUUCACACAAUUCUGAAACGUUUGGUGGUAUUUCUGGUUUGGUUACUAAGAGACCGGGUAAAAUAAGUGCUGGAAAAGGCAAUGAUGGAGCUCAAACAUGGUCAAAUUUCUCCUCUGCGGAUCACUCUCAGUCAUAUCACUCAAGUACUGGUGUGGAUUUAUGUCGCUUUGGUUCUAAUGAUCAUGCUAAGCAGUUAGCGUCUGAGCUCCCUGCCCAAAGUUUCUCAUUUUUGGAUGGGCAAAGCAGGAUUCAGGAGAACUUGGUUAAUGAUCUACAUGGAGCCAAUGAUAAUACCACGGAAGAAAAUCAGAUGCAAGCUGAGGAUGUCCAGCUGUUAAAAUCUGAGGAUUUACAAUCAUCACUUGACUUGAAGAAAGUUGGCUCUGAUAAAAGGGGAUUAUCUCCAAAUGUCACCUAUACUCCUUCUACUCAUUUUUUAUCAAAGACUCAUGAAAAAACAGGGUCUCAUGGGGAGUUGACUGGGGUUUCAGCAUCUGGCAAAGUUAAUGUGGAAACAAAGUCUGUAAAUUCCCGUGGAAAACUAGCUAGUUGUACAUCAUCUGGUUCUGAUUGUGUGGGAGGUGUGGCAGCAUCCUCUGGUCCUGGUCUAUCACCAAGUUCUUCAGUUGGUUCACUGUCUUCCGAAAAAUCAACUCUAAAUCCCAAUGCGAAGGAAUUCAAGCUCAACCCUAAUGCGAAGAGUUUUAUUCCAUCUCAAACACCUGUUAGACCUCGCUCCCCAGUGUCUGAUGGUUCCUUCUAUUUCCCAGCUAAUGUAUCCUCUAUAUCAAAUAUGCCAGCCAUGCCCAUGGGUAUUGGAGUUGGAACUACUUUUUCCGGGCCACAACCUAUUAUAUAUAAUCCACAGGUUGCACAAAUGUCAUCCCAAUCAUAUUUUCCUCCAAAUGGACCACAGUAUGGACAUCUUCUUGGUCAUCCUAGGCAAGUUUUGUACAUGCCGAAUUACCUACCUGAGACGCCAUAUAAGGGACGGGAUUAUUGACCACUCGAUUGACUGCAGUCUUGGCAAGUUCGCUCCUUACCUGAAAAGAAUAAACUCAGUGGAUGGCCUAAAGAGUUUCAAAUGAAGAGGAUAUCUGCAGCUUAUGGGAGGAUUUUCAUACAAGUUUGAUAAUUUACAAAGCUGGCUCAUUCUAGGAUAUAAAAGUUAAUGAUCUUGUAUUCACCCAUGCAUCUUUUGGAAUUUUCGAGCUUUUGGUUAUGUAGUAGUAACUUAACUCAUUCACCUUUUUUUCUCCUUAGUAUUAUUAUGAUGCAACAUUCACUUUAAUUUGUGUCUUCCCUAGUUAAAUUACUACCAAUUAUUUUGACCUAUGUCCACAGCUAGUGAAGUUGCUGUCAUAUCAGUUA